UAUUGUUUAAACUGCUCAAAUCAGCCAGAGUUUCCAGACCGACAAAACUUCCACCGAACUGAGCGAUGGCGGCCGUCGUGUCUGUUAGUGCAGCUGCCGGGGAUGAAACCACAGACACGGGGCUCACUUUGGCCUCGCACGCGCUUCACGAAAAAUACGACUUGGCUGCGGAGCACGAGGUUCGCGUGGCCGGAGAGCGACGGCAUUGCGAACAACAAGCAGGCGAAGAGGACCCGGCGUCGAGUCGCGAGUAUCAGCGGAGGGUGGACGAGGAUUUAACAUCACUGAGCCCCGAGGAAAUUGAGAAUCGACUGGAAAGAACGCGUCGGGAGUUUUACAACCGUAGAAAAAUUAUAAUAAAAAACCUCCCCUCCGACAUUAACAACCAGGAGGUGCACGAGCUGCUGGCGAACUAUGACUUGAAAUACUGCUUUGUUGACAAGUACAAGGGCACAGCAUUUGUGACUCUGCUCAACGGGGAACAGGCGCAGUGUGCCAUCAAGGAGUUCCACCAACAUGUGCUACGAGACCGGGAGAUUUCUGUGCAGCUGCAGCCAACAGACGCUCUGCUGUGCAUCGCCAACUUGCCCCGUGCCUUCACCCAGCAGCAGUUUGAAGAUCUGGUUCGCCCCUUCGGUAACCUCGAGCGCUGCUUCCUGGUGUACAGCGCCUCCACCGGGCAGUCUAAGGGCUAUGGCUUUGUGGAGUACAUGAAAAAGGACUCUGCAGCCAGGGCCAAGUCAGAGCUCUUGGGAAAGCAGCUGGGUUCCCGCAUGCUCUAUGUCCACUGGACUGAGGUGGGCUCACUCACAUACCCACUGCUCCACUCCAAAUGUCUGUGUGUGGAUUGCCUUCCUCCGAGCCUGUUGACAGCCCAGGAUCUGCGCAGCACACUGGCUGACACCCAUUCACCAGUCUUCUGCCAGUUGGCUCAGGGACAAGAUGGAAGUUUUCGACGGUUUGCUGUGCUGGAGUUUGCCACCGCAGAGAUGGCUGAGGAGGCCCAGCGACUCGGUGAUGGCAGGUUGCUGGGCGGGACGCACAUCAGGGUGUCCUUCUGUGCUCCUGGCCCCCCUGGAAGAAGCAUGUUGGCCGCUCUGAUUGCUGCUCAAACGAUGGCUGUGAAUAGGGGUAAAGGUCUUCUUCCUGAUCCCACAGCCAUGCAGAUACUGACAGGCCUCAGUAAUCCUGCUGCCCUUAAGAUGCUGCUCAACCCUCUCUCUCAGGCACACAAGCAAGGCCUCCUUGGGGCAGCCCCAACAAUGCCACUACUGGCCAACCCUGCCCUCUCUGCUGCUCUACUCCAGCUGCUCAUUCAGAACCAGGCCAAGGCCCAGCAGCAGGCAGGACUCACUGGGGAGAAUCCUCUGGCUGCUCUGCCUGUCCAGCAGGGAGUCCAUCUGCUUCGAGACCUGCCCCAAGGUGGUAUAGUCUCAGGUCUGGGUGUUCAGACCGAUCCUCUGGCCUCUCUAAAGCCAAUGCCAAUUGGCAGAGCACUUGCAAGGGAGCAGGACUCUCCCACAGCAUCAUGUAAUUUCCCCCAGACUUCCUCUCCUACCCUGCCGGGCAUCUCCAUGCCCCUGAUGGGUGGUAUGAUGGGAGCAGAUGGCCUCUCACCACAAGGGGUAUCCUUAUUAGGAGAUCCUCCCAAAGAUGUGAAUCUGCCCCAGAGUGCCUUCCUCGGUGUAAACAAUGUAUUUCCCCCAGGAGGAAGUUGUCAUCCUCACCCUAAUAGAAAGAGGCCUACACUAAGUAAUGUAUCCAACCAACAUGUGCUCCAGAGCCUACAGCCAAAUUACAAUCUGCGCUAUCAGGAUUCCUACAGCCCUGAGUCUCCUCCUCUACACCAGGAUACUCUGACCUAUUUGUACGAACAGCAGGAGAACCUUGAUACUCGGGCCUUGGCAGGAUUCGGACAGCAGAUUCCAUGUCAGCCCGACUACGAGCGGUUCUCCCACUACAGUUUCCCUCCCAGCCCACCCUUGUCCUCAUACUUCACUUCAGGCCCUGAGGAUUCUAGCAACCAGAGCUUCCCCACCACUCAUCUUAACAGGGCUGUGGGAAUGCCUCCUGUUAGCCACACUAACUACCCACCAGGCCUGGGAAAUGUCAUGAAGACUCCCAUCGGUAGCCAUAAACGUGUCUUCUCCCGGCUGAUCCCUGCUCCAGAGCCGAGCCCUGAGGGCGGCUAUGUGGGCCAGCACUCUCAAGGCCUCGGUGGCCAUUACGCAGACUCUUACCUUAAGCGAAAGCGUAUAUUCUGAAUAAUUCCUGCUGUAUGAGUAGCUAUUUGAAAGCCUGGACACAGUAGCUGGGUAGAACACACACCCAGUAACUAUAAGCUCCUGUGAGUGAACCCUGGAGAGCACUGAAGGAGUGCAGCCUGUUGCACCAUGGGAAUUCUCAGUAGUUGGUGUUAUAUACAUUUCUUUUCUGUUUAUGUACAUAUGAUUUUAGUUUUGUUAUAUUAAGUUUUUAUUUUGACUUUUAAUUUCCUGUUGAAAAACUUGUACAAUGAGGGGAAAAAAAUGGAAAAUUAGGUAAAGUGUAGUCUGGCCAGUUUUCAGUGGCAGCAAUAGGCUGCUGUUUGUUUUAGACAUCUCACUAAAAUUGCUGUCCACAACUUCAGGCAAAGGGACUUGAACAGUAUUAACAGCUUUAUUCCAGAGGCUUUACUUUUUAAAUAGUCUUCCUGUAAAAAGUUCAGUAGUUCGUUUAAUGCCCCUCCCCCCUCCACAGGGCUGUAUAUUUUGCUGUACGUCUCUUGGCAUUUUCAUCGGUUGAUAUAGAGCUUUCUAGCCACAAGUCACAGUUUGUAUGUACCUUCCUCUCUUCCAUCGGUGACGCUUUUUUACCAUUCUGGCAUAUUUUCCUCAAGCCUAAUCUUUUCCACGUCGUUUGUCUUUUUGAUCCACCCCCUCCAUCUCGCUUGUUCUCCACACUGGUUGUCGAGGCGCAGGUCACGAUCUUAAUCUGUUCUCACCUGUAAAAGAUGCCGUUUUUAAUUCUCCUCUCACUCAUAUGUCAAGGACUUGGCUAUUAUCUGUUUGUGAGUUCCGUUAACUUGAACUUUGAAUGUCUGAACACCACACCGCGGUGGUUGGGGUGGUGGAGACGAGCCACACGCCAUCUCUCAAGCUCCCAGUAGCUGCUGAAUACAAGUGUUUGCUGUUGCUCCUCAGCAUCUGCUUCCAGAUGAAUUUAGUUCUCUUGGGUAGGCGGCGGCUGAUGGAUGCAGCUUGUGUUCAAAGGCUUCAGUAACAGGUCUUAUUGGGAGGUGCUGGCAUGUGGUUGGUCAGCGGCCUUAUGCUCCUCGUUUGUUUUUUCCUUAUUUGAAUUAUCUGGUUGACAGUUUGAUUGUGAAAACCCAAUACCUCUGACUUCUGCUAGAAAAUGCAGCUACACCUGAGCCUUAGCAGUGUUUUCUGUGAUCUCAUCCUGCCCUGUGUUGGCUUUAUUUACAUUUACCAUUUUUGUGUUUAUUUGCGGUGUAAAUAGUUAAAGCGUGGUGUUCUUAUUUUCCUGGAGUCCAAAACUUGUCUGGUGUUUUGAAUGAAAUUGCUGCGUCUUGUUUGUAUAUCUGAAAGCUGACGUGACAGAGUGGCACCGUAGCAGACUACUCAUGUCGUGUAUGGAGCACGAGCUGCAGCUGUCCAGUAUGAUCAUGUCAUUUAUUUUUAAUUUUUUUUUUUCCUUGAUCUGACUCUUAACUGCAAGCCUCUCAUCUGUACUGCCAUGGUUGUCUCAGUUUGUGUGACGAGUGAAAGUAAAUGUUAUUUAAACUCA